AUGUCGGGUUACAUCGAGGACGCUGAGGGUUAUGCCAAGAACACCAAGGCGGCUGCUCCCGAGGAGAAUGGGUUACGCGCCAAGACCCAGUGUUACACAGCAACUGCUCCAACUUCCAAGUCUAACAUGGCAGGAUCCAAUUCGAGUGUUCAUGGUGGGAACCACGGAGAUGAAGAACCCCCUGUUGCACGGGCUGAGCUACGCCAAAUGACCAACUCGCUCUUGGAGGCGAUGGAGAGGAUGUUCAACGAACGUCUUCCUGCAGCGGGUGGUCGAGGUCCACAACAUCAACAUGAAGACAAUCACCGUGAAGAAUUUGGUGAUGAAAAUUCUGGUUUUGGUGCUGGAUUUCAUGGCCGCAACGGCAAUGGUCGUGGUGGUCAUGGUGGAGGGCGUCGUGCUGAUUUUGAUCAGCGCGGUGGUGGACGGCGUGCUGAAUUUGAUUAUCAGCGUGGAGGAGGACGUGGACGUGAUCGUCGUGUACAUUUUGAUGAUGAAGAUGAAGUUCAUGAUGAGUAUGAGGAGGGAUUUGAUGAUAAUGAAAAUCCUUUUGGUCACCAUGGGCAUUUUGGACAGCCACAUGAACAUCGUCGUGGUGCUGGUCAUGAUGGGGAAAAUCAUCGUGGUCGUCGCAAUAGAGAUGAUCCGGAUAGCAUUGCUUGUGUAAAGUUAAGUGUCCCAAAUUUUUCAGGGAAAGAAAAUGCUGAUGCUUAUCUUGAAUGGGAGGAGCAAUGUGAUCAGAUUUUUAGAGUGCAUAAUCUUUCUGAUCAGAGGCGUGUCAACCUUGCUUUUGUUGAGUUUUCAGGUUACGCUCUCACAUGGUGGAACCAAGUUCAAGAAAAUCAACGUGUGUUGGGACGUGAUCAUAUCAACACAUGGGCUGAGAUGAAGAGAGUGAUGAGAAGACGCUUUGUGCCAUCAAGCUAUCAACGUGACCUCCGCAAUAGGUUACAAACAUUGAGACAACGAUCAAAAUCUGUUGAUGACUACUUCAAGGAGAUGGAGUUACUCUUGGUGAGAUCUGGAAUUAGAGAAGAUGAAGAGUCAAAAAUGGCAAGAUUUUUGAAUGGUCUCAAUGAAGAAAUUUCAGGUUUUGUUGAGAUGUUUCCAUAUCAUAAUUUGCAAGACCUUGUUGAUCAAGCUAUGCGCACCGAGAGGAAAAUUCAGCAAGAGGGACGAAGAAGGUCUUAUGGGAGCCAAUCAAUUUCAGCCCCAUGGCAUCGGCAGCAGCCCGGUACCUCUGUUGGUGGGGGAAGAUCACAAGGAGUUGCUGCUAGGCCUUCUCCAUCCAUUGGUGCUGCAAAGAUAACGGUUUCUACUGCUUCUUCACCUGCAAUUCAGCAAGAACAGCGACAUCCUGCUGCAAGUACAGCAACCCCUUCUGUUGCAUCAGCUGCUGCUUCUUCUUCCCAUACCCGAGGCAUUGUUUGUCACAAGUGCCAAGGUCGAGGACAUGUUGCUUCUCAAUGUCCUAGUCGAAGGACCAUGAUUAUGAAUGAGCAAGGUGAAUGGGAAUCUGAAAGCGAACCUGAGGAAGAAGCUCCAAUAUAUGAUGAAGAAAUUAUGCAAGAUGAAGGUGAUGAAAUUCAACCUGAUGAUGGAGACAAUAAUUGCUUCAUUUCUCGCCGAGUGCUUAGUGUUACUGCUGUCCAAGAAGAGAAUAAUCAGCGGCACAAUCUUUUUCACACCCGGGGCAUGAUCAAGGACAAGUUGUGUCGAAUCAUUGUUGACAAUGGCAGCUGCAAUAAUAUUGCAAGUCAAGAAUUAGUUGAAAGAUUGGGACUGAAACAGCGGCGCCACCCUUCUCCAUACAAGAUGCAAUGGUUAAAUGAUUGUGGUGCGCUGCGUGUAACAAACAUUGUGACCGUUCCCUUCUCCAUUGGGCGGUACAAUGAUCAUGUGGAGUGUGAUGUGGUUCCAAUGGAAGCAUGCCAAUUGCUGUUAGGAAGACCUUGGUUGUAUGACCGAGAUGCUCAGAUUUGCGGUCGUGCCAACAAGAUUGUUCUCAUGUACAAAGGAGAGCGCAUCACUUUGCUUCCUUUGUCACCGGAGGAGAUUGUGAGAGAUGAUCUGAAAAGAAAACAGCGAGCGAGCAAGAACCACUUGCGAGUGACCCACAAACAUAGUGAAGGAGUGUUUCCAAAGCCAAAUAAAACUCCACAGCUGCAAAGAACCGAGCCAAAGGGAAAAGAGGGUUUAGUGAUGAUGGCUAGGAAGGGGGAUUUAAAAGAAUUGAGUGAACCCAAUGCUGUGUUCUAUGUACUCCUGUACAAGGACAAUUUUCUUGUCACUAACGACUUACCCUCUACUUUGCCUAGUGCUGUUUUUGAUGUGUUACAGGAAUAUGAAGAUGUGUUUCCUGAGGAAGUACCACCAGGGCUGCCACCAAAGAGAGGGAUUGAACAUCAAAUCGAUCUUGUUCCUGGUGCUCCACUUCCUAACCGUGCACCAUAUCGGACCAACCCGGAGGAAACAAAAGAAAUUCAGCGCCAAGUGCAGGAGCUCAUCAACAAAGGUUAUGUAAAGGAAAGUCUAUCACCUUGUGCUGUUCCUGUCCUUUUAGUUCCAAAAAAAGAUGGCUCUUGGAGAAUGUGUGUUGAUUGCCGAGCCAUUAAUAACAUCACCAUAAGGUAUAGACAUCCCAUACCUCGACUUGAUGAUAUGCUUGAUGAGCUUAGCGGUGCUAUCAUUUUCACCAAAAUUGAUUUGAGAAGUGGCUACCACCAAAUCCGAAUGAGAGAAGGAGAUGAAUGGAAAACAGCCUUCAAAACCAGGUUUGGGCUGUAUGAAUGGUUGGUAAUGCCAUUUGGUUUGACCAAUGCACCUAGCACCUUCAUGAGAUUGAUGAAUCAUGUGCUUAGAACUUUCAUUGGCAAGUUUGUUGUUGUUUACUUUGAUGAUAUCUUGAUUUACAGCAAGUCUCUUGAUGAACAUAUUGAACAUAUAAAAUGUGUGCUUGCUGUUUUGAGGAAGGAAUGCUUGUAUGCUAACCUUGCCAAGUGCACCUUUUGCACCGACAAGGUUGUGUUUCUUGGUUUUGUUGUUUCAGCUCAUGGCGUGGAGGUGGAUGAGGAGAAGAUCAAAGCUGUUCGUGAGUGGAAGCCUCCACAAAAUGUGAGCCAAAAGGACAUUUCAUUCCAAUGGGGGGAAGCACAAGAGAAGGCAUUUGAAGAGUUGAAAAAGAAGUUGACAUCAGCCCCACUCCUUGCACUUCCAGAUUUUGGUAAGACCUUUGAGAUUGAAUGUGAUGCAAGUGGUGUAGGGAUUGGAGGCGUGCUCAUGCAAGAAGGAAGACCCAUUGCAUACUUCAGCGAAAAGCUAAGUGGUCCAACUCUGAAUUAUUCAGUUUAUGAUAAAGAACUUUAUGCUCUUGUGAGGAGUUUGGAAACUUGGCAACACUAUCUAUUGCCCAAAGAAUUUGUGAUACAUUCAAACCAUGAAUCUUUGAAACAUUUAAAGGGACAAUUAAAACUGAACAAAAGACAUGCUAAAUGGAGUGAAUUCAUUGAGUCUUUUCCUUAUAUUGUCAAAUACAAGAAAGGAAAGGAAAAUGAAGCUCAUGCCGGAGGACUUAUGGGACACUCAACCACAAAAUUUUGUCCAUUCGAGAUUGUCUAUGGUUUCAAACCUACUGCUCCCAUCGAUCUUUUGCCUUUGCCUAUGCAGGAACGUAUGAACUUUGAUGCAAGCAAGCGAGCUGAAUUUGUAAAGAAACUUCAUGAUCGAGCAAGAGAAAACAUAGAGAAGAUGACCAAGCUGUAUGAGCAGCGUGCAAACAAAGGGCGCAAGAAGAUGUUGUUUGAACCAGGAGACUUGGUUUGGGUGCACCUACGCAAGGACCGCUUUCCUGAACAACGCAAGAGCAAGUUGCAGCCCCGAGCCGAUGGUCCAUUCAAAGUGCUUCGCAAGAUCAAUGACAAUGCAUAUGAAAUUGAUCUUCCAAGUACUUAUGAGUCGAGGACGACUCCUUUUCAAGAGGGGGAGGAUGAUGAGGACAUCCCAGCCAUCCGUAACCCGAGUGCAUCGGUUACGCCGGCUGUGUCACUUACACCAUCGGUUACGCCACAAGUUACACCAAGUCCAACUAAGGUUACACUUCAAGAGACAAGUGCAACACCGGUUACACCAAGCAAAGCCAUGGAUACAUGUGCUCAAGCCUAUGAAGGACCCGUUACACGCAGCCGUGCAAAGUUUACACAAGAGGCGACAAUGUCGGGUUACAUCGAGGACGCUGAGGGUUACGCCAAGAACACCAAGGCGGCUGCUCCCGAGGAGAAUGGGUUACGCGCCAAGACCCAGUGUUACACAGCAACUGCUCCAACUUCCAAGGCAAAACUGUACCAUCUCGGGAAGAGACGGGGGUCAUAA